AUGCCCUUUGAACUCAAUAUACCUAUUGCAAAGAAUUACUUUGUGUAUCAAGUGAAUUCGGUGUACGGUUAAAACUAUAGCUGUAUUUCCAUUCGCCCCAAGGUUAAAUUGAAAGCCAUUCAUCGCUAUAGACGUAGACUGGACGAAUUUGUUCCCUAUUAAAAACUGUACUUUCAAGGACUAUUAGACGGUAUCAAGAUGGCACAAGCUCCCCCGCCGUAUCAGGGUUACCCGCCACCACAACAAGGCUACCCACCACCACAACAAGGCUACCCGCCGCCACAACAAGGCUACCCACCACAGCAGCAGCAAAUGGGCAUGAUGUCUAACAAUACUGUUGUGGUAGCUGCAGCAGCUCCUGCACCCCAAACAACAAUCAUACAAAAUCAGCGAAAACGAGGGGUAAAUCAUUGUUUACAUUGCGUUAUAACAUUCUUCUUCUUUCCAUGGAUAAUUGUAUGGAUAUGUUUGUGUAUCUGUGAUGAUUCUUAAAGGAAAGGUUUUAAAUCAUGGACGUUAAGGGAAGUGUUCUGCAAAUGUUGAAAAUAUUCUAAAAUAUCUGAGUAUGAACAAGCAGACAGGAUAUAUUUAAACGGGACUUUAUUAACCAAGAAAUUGUGAAACCACGGUCAGCCGUAAAUAUAGUAAAUAGUUGAAAUAAAAUAAAGUAACAAAUAAAAUAAAACGAAAUAAUAUAAGUA